AUGCUCCUUCUCGACUAUCAGAACGUACUGAUUCAAUCGGUUCUCACCGAGAGAUUCUCAGGUGCCCCUCCCGUCCUCAUUGACCAAACCGUUUCCGAUUUCGACGGCGUCAUCUUUCAUAUCUCGACCCCCGAAAGCAAGACCCAAAUUCUGCUAUCGAUUCAAAUUAGAUGCUUCAAGGACCUCGUUCAGUAUGGCGCCGAGCAGGUACUUCAGCGAGAGUACGGAGACUACGUGGCACCGAUUGAGCCCGGCUACGAUUUCUCGGUCCAAAUCGACUUAGAGAACCUCCCCGAGAGCAAGGAGGAGCGAGAGGCUUUGGCUCUGAAGUUCGCCCUGCUGAAGCGAAACGCUAUGGCAGCCCCGUUCGAGCAGGCAUACCAAGAGUACUACGAAUUGAAGGAGGAGGCUUCCAAGUUCACUUCAGAGGAGGCGCCUCAAGGUGUUCAAGAAGGUGGGGAGGUCAAGGCUAUCCACUACCGCGAGGAGGAGGCCAUCUAUGUCAAGGCCAGCCAUGACCGAGUGACUGUCAUCUUCAGCACCGUUUUCCGGGAGGAGACAGACCGCAUCUUUGGAAAGGUGUUUAUCCAGGAAUUUGUCGAUGCCCGCAGGCGCGCGAUCCAGAAUGCUCCCCAGGUCCUGUUCAGGAACGACCCUCCUUUAGAGUUGGAAGGUGUCCCGGGGGUGCGAGCUACGGGAUCCGAAAAGAUCGGAUAUGUUACUUUUGUUCUCUUCCCCAGGCAUUUGACCGUCCAGCGUAUGCCCGAGGUCAUCUCUCACAUCCAGACCUUCCGAGACUACUUCCACUACCACAUCAAGGCCUCCAAGGCUUAUAUUCACUCUAGGAUGCGAAAGAGGACAGCCGACUUCCUUCAAGUAUUGCGUCGUGCCCGGCCUGAGAAUGAGGAACGUGAAAGAAAGACAGCAAGCGGGCGUACAUUCAAGGUGCAAGGAAGCUAA